GCAUGCGCGCAGUACACAGGCGGACUCAGGUUAUGGAAGCAGGUUAAAAAUGACAAGGAAUUUGUCUACAGGAAUCUCGAAUAUGACCCACUAGUUUUGCUGUCUCUGUCCAGAUAUUUAAGAAGUGGAGCAAGAGAGUCAAUCAGCCAUCCUUCCUGCUCAGACUGUGGUAGAGAGAUGAACUCAGUCAUCUGACUGACUGGCAACCUGGUGAUUUUACACAGCGGGAAACCCAUUCAUCUGCUCAGACAGUGGGAAUGGAUUCACUUGGUCAUCUCAACUGAAGGUAAAUCAGCAAGUUCACACUGGGCAUGGCUAUUCAUCUGUUCUGUGUGUGAGAAAGGAUUCAGUCAGUCUUUCCACCUGUGGACGUAACAGUCAAUUCACACUGGGCAGAGCUGGUCAUCUGCUGAAUUUGUGGGAAAGGAUUCACUCGGUCACCUGACCUAAUGGCACACCAGUCAGUUCACUUUGGGGAGCGGCCGUUCACCUGCACAGACUGUGGGAAGGGAUUCACUAAAUCAUCUCAGCUACUGAGACACCAGUCAGUUCACACUGGGGAGAGGCCGUUCACCUGCUCAGACUGUGGGAAGGGAUUCACUCGGUCAUCGGACCUACUAAGUCAUCAGUCAGUUCACACAGGGGAGAGGCUGUUCACCUGCUCAGUCUGUCGGAAGAGAUUCACUCACUCUUCCACCCUACAGAGACACCAGCGAGUUCACACUGGGGAGAGGCCGUUCACCUGCUCAGUCUGUUGGAAGACGUUCACUCAGUCAUCCCACCUGCAGAGACACCAGAGAGUUCACACUGGGGAGAAGCCGUUCACCUGCUCAGACUGUGGAAAGGGAUUCACUCAGUCAUCCACCCUAUUGGCACACCAGUCAGUUCACACUGGGGAGUGGCGGUUCACCUGCUCAGAUUGUGGGAAGGGAUUCACUCAGUCGUCCGAACUACUGGCACACCAGUCAGUUCACAGUGGGGAGUGGCCAUUCACAUGCUCAGACUGUGGAAAGGGAUUUACUCGGUCAUCUGCUCUGCUGGCACACCAGCGAGUUCACACUGAGGAGUGGCCUUUCACCUGCUCAGAAUGUGGGAAGGGAUUCACUCGGUCAUCUCAUCUGCUGAGACACCAGCGAGUUCACACUGGGGAAAAGCCAUUUACCUGCACAGUUUGUGGGAAGGGAUUCACUCAGUUAUCCUCACUACAGAGUCACCAGCGAGUUCACUCUGGGGAGAAGCCAUUCACCUGCUCAGAAUGUGGAAAGGCAUUCGCUCACUCUUCCACCCUAUUGGCACAUCAGCGAGUUCACACUGGGGAGAGGCCGUUCACCUGCUGUGAAUGCGGGAAAGGAUUCGCUCGGUCAUCUCAUCUACAGAUACACCAGCGAGUUCACACUGGGGAGAGGCCGUUCACAUGCUAUGAAUGUGGGAAGGGAUUCACUCGGUCAUCUCAUCUACAGAUGCACCAGCGAGUUCACACUGGGGAGAGGCCGUUCACCUGCUGUGAGUGUGGGAAGGCAUUCACACGAUCAUCUCUUCUACUGAAACAUCAGCGCGUUCACACUGGGUAGAGUCCGAUUUCCUGCUCAGACUUUGGGAACAGAGUCUCUCAGCUAUAUCCACUAAUUAUGUAUCAUUGAGUUCACACCAGGGAGAGGUCAUUCACCUGCUAUGAAUGUGGGAAGGGAUUCACUCAGUCAUCUAACCUUGUGACACACUACCAGGUUCACACUGGGGAGAAAGUUUCAGUAAGCUGCAUGCUGGAUAUUUGUCCGUCACCAUUGCUGAAUGCAAUCUCGAGAGUGACUGUCGGUGCUGAACUCUGCAAUUAUUGCUGCUGCUCACCACAGCCAGUUCUGCACCCUGGUCACUGGGCAUGGGAGGAGUUUCUUCUGCACAUUCACCUUUAAUGGGACUGGAGCUUAAUAAGAGUCAACUCAGGCUGGUUGGACUUUACUGGUGAUUCUGUUCUCAUUCGUAAGGCCAGUGAUAUUGUAGGCGUGGAAUUGGACUCUCUGAUGGUGGUGUCUGAAAAGAGGAUGCUGUCCAAGUUGCAUGCCAUCUUGGACAAUGUCUCCCAUCCACUCCAUACUGUACUGGUUAGGCACAGGAGUACGUUCAGCCAGAGACUCAUUCCACUGAGAUGCAACACUGAGUGUCAUAGGAAGUUAUUCCUGCCUGUGGUCAUCAAACUUUACAACUCCUCCCUCGGAGUGUCAGACACCCUGAACCAAAAGACUGGUUCCUGGACUUAUUUCCACAGAAUAAUUUACUUAUUAUUUAAUUAUUUAUGGUUUUAUAUUGCUAUAUUUCUACACUAUUCUUGGUUGGUGCGACUGUAAUGAAACCCAAUUUCCUUCGGGAUCAAUAAAGUAUGUCUGUCUGACAGUCCAUUUAACUCUUCCCCUGUUGGUUCAUCUCUCACUCUCCUUGUGGUGAUGGGUUCCAAACAGUCACCACUCUGUGGGUGAAGAGGUUUCCCUUGAAUUUUCUGCAGACUGAAGAAGUCGAGCUGACUGCAGUUCUGUCUGAGAUGUUCUUUGCCCCUCUAAUCUCUGGGCUGAGGAAGAAUGACAUUGAUAGUUAACCUUAAUCGUCAUUCAUUUCCACAUUGUGGGUCAUUUUCCCUGCUUCUAAAGGGUUGUUGAAAAUACCCCUGUCUUCUAAAGACUGGAAGCAGAAUUUGGACACAAUUAGUAGGAUGUUCAAUGGAGCAGGGUCAGAAACCAGAUGUGGGUCUGCACAGUGAAGAGGUUGGGGCUCUGGACGAUGGUUGGGGAAGAACAUAUGAUGUGGAGAAGGGAAUCUGCAGUGGGACAAGGCAAUGAAUGACAGUAGUAACAUUUGGAAGCUGAUUGACAGAGAAAAACUUUUGGUUGUCUGACUGAUGACACAAACAAUACCUGUGGUGAGGGGCUCCGAACAUGUGUGUGGUGGGAAUGGUUUUAGCUGUUGAUGUAGUUGUUCCUGCUUGUUUAUCCUGUAAUAUUAUAUCCAGAUGGUUAUUAUGGAUUGUCCUAUCUGAAAUAAUGUAUUGAUUAGUGUAUAAUUUGUAAGAUUUUGACUCUAAAACUGGAUCAGGCUUGAACUUAUGGUGCCUUUGUGAAGUGAUGGAGAGCAUUCAUGAGUUUGCAUUUUAAAGCUAGAUUUUGAUGAAUGAUAUUUGCCACUUGAUUGUACCUUUGUAAGUAAUCAGAUUGAGUUAACUGCUGCAGGAUCCUGAAAUGUGUUGCAUUGUGUCUGGUCUCUCUUGUCAUUUUCUGCACUUACUGCCUCGCUUAUCUGUAUUUCAUGUAUUUCAAUUUUUCCUUUUGUUAACCACCAUGUCCUGUAUUUCUGCAAGGAACCCCUCCGUUUCUGGAAAGAUGUCUCCAACUCUCAGUCAGGUGCUCGAUGCUUCUUUAUCACCAUCUCAUCAGCUCAGAUCAUUGGGAUGUCUCCUGUGGAGGGUCAUACUCAUUCCACUGGAUAAUGUUUUCUUCCAUGUGAUUAUUCAUUCUUCUGAGUUGGCCUCUCAUUUAAGUUUUCUGGUCUGUAUUUCUUAUCGCGAUUGCAUAUACACACACAGAGUACUGAAUCCUGUUCAUUUUUGAUGAAAAUAUAUACUUCAAAGUUUUAUUUCUCCCAUUCUUUAAAAACGUAAUCGGUCAUCGAAGGUUUACUAAAAUAUUUAGAAUAAAUGGGACUAGACAAACAAAAUCUCAAUAGAUCAAAGAAUUUCCUAAAUUGUACACAGAUGCUCAAAGUAUGUUUAACUACCAAAUUUUCAGUUAGUUAACUAAAAGUUAAAGCGAGUGAGGAUCCGAGAAGAGAAAUAAUAGAAAAUUUAUUAACAGAGUUAGCUUCUAAAGAAGCCAAUAUUGGACAUUCCUCACGGUUAAUAUAUUAUGUCCAAAACGUAAGAUUUUGUAUAUUGACUGCUCAAUAAUAAAACCUAAAAUUUGGUAAAGCUAAACCUCUAUUCUUAGAUUUUUGAAGAUGAACUUCAUUUAGUCGAGAAUGUUUGUUUUUGCAGUGUUACGUAUCCCGUAACUGGAUAACUCACCAGCAAAGAUAGAGAGGUCCGUUGGAGUCUGGUGGCACUAUUUUCGAAUGUUUUAUUCAUAAAGGGGGCACAAAAUUAAGGUUAAACCAAACAUUCAGAACAUAUACAUCGGCAAAACUCAAUCUAAAGCGCGGGUAUAGCAAUAAUCAUCUUUAAGAAAUAAUCUCGACUGUUGUCUAGGGGAUAAUAUAUUGUCCGUUGGGACUAUAAAAGUCACUCAGAAAGUCUGCAGCCUUCAGUCUUUUUGGGGAAUCGCUGUGUUUCACGUGUUUCAGAGAGAGUGAGGAGAAAACGGGAAAAACUUGCCCGGGUCUUUGACGAAACAACACUGUUGAAUCAGGAGAGCAUUGUUUCCCUGUUAUUAGUUCGAAGUCCUUCCCGGUAUUAUCAGCCACCUGCUCCCCAGGCAGAGAAGUUACGGAGCGCACGUUGCUUUUUUGACUGGCUUCCAGCAAUCACGGGAGCGUUGAGCGAUCGAGUCCUUCUGGUGCGUCUCUCUCUGCAGUCCCCUUUAUCUUGACUUGCAGAGUUGUAGAUGUCCAUCAAAGUAGGGUGAUGCAAUCCCCACCCAGUUGUUACAUAGCAGGGUCAUGCCCUCAGCACAGGUGUCUCUAAGAGCCCUGGCCAAAACCAUUACAUUGUCUCUCAUUUGCCUGGAUCCAAGACCCAAAUUAAUAGUGCUCUUACAAUUCUCCGGAAGGAGGGGGCUGCUCCCGCUCCUUCGGCCCCUCAGAGCUGUGGUACAUUCAGAAUAGCAGAAAUUAGAAUUGUUUUUAAUUUGAAAACUUUUUAUUAUGGUUCAAUAUCCAAUAUUUACAGUAUGUUGCUAGGAAUGAGAAUCGUUCCUAUAUAAAAAUCUUUGGGAACAACAUUUACAGACUUCAAUUUCUGAGGAAACUUGGAAUGAUUUUUUUUAAAUUGUUUAACACCAUCGUCACGUGCCCAUAAUUCCCUUUUACAAUUUACAGUGGUUGAUGGGGCUCACAUGUCUAAUGAUAAGCUAUCUCAAUUUUAUUGGGAUAUAUUCCCUUUAUGUGAAAGAUGUAAUAAUAGAGAAGCUUCAUUAAUUCACAUGUUUUGGACAUAUCUGAGCCUUGAAAAAUACUGGAAGGAAGAAGUUUUAUCUGACUUGUGUGAUUUUUUUCAUGUUUGUUAUUUCUCUUCCUCCUUCUGCUCAAGCUGGUCCAAGGUAGGGUUUGAAUGUAAAUAGUAUGUUCAAAAGUUUUCUGAAGUUCUUAUUUAUCUUUGUAAAUUUUACUGAUUGAAAUGGGACCAAGAUAUUUUUAUUAAAAAGGGUGAAUGUCAGUAUUGAUGGAAGUGUUUAUUGUAUUUAUUAACUAUUGAGCUCUGUUUGGCAGUUUUUUUUUAAGCCUUGAAAUAAACUUUGUCAAAUGUUUUCCCUA